AUGAUUCUUAUGUACUGUAUCGUACUUAUUACAUUUACUUUAUUUCAAUAUUCAUAUUCAUUACAAACUGGUUUUACAUGUGAAACAUCCGUUACAUUAAAAUGUCCUGAAGCUACAAAAUUAAUCAUAUUGGAAGUAGCUUAUUCAUCGGAAUGUCCAAGUUUUCAUGAGGAAAAAGAUGAUACUUCUAUUUAUGCACCAUCGCGUUGUAUUGGUUAUUAUCGAGACCGUGCAAAUAGUUUAUGUAACGGACAACAAAAUUGUACAAUAGAUAAUAACCUUGGACAGCGACCAUCAUUUUUUAUUGGUAAACAAGCUAACUGUGCAUUUAAGGGACAAAGUAUUAAUAUUGAUUAUUCAUGUAUACCUGAUUUUUAUUCGAGUAAAUUACCUCGUAUUGAUAUAUGUUCAUUACAAUCACUUCAUGGUGUAACAGAAGGUUUUAUUCAUACACCAAAUUAUCCAAGUGGUUAUCCAAAUAAUCGUGCAUGUUCAAAAACAGUACCAUCACCAGAUGAUGGUCAUCGAUUGAAAGUUUAUGCUUUGGAUUUUGAUAUAGAAGGUUUAAGUGUUCUUAGACUAUUGGGUGUUAAGCGUGUUAAUGAUUGGUUACAAAUCAAUAAUAGUGGAGAGAAAAUGUUUGGUACACGACCAGCAUAUACUCUCUUAUUUGAUGAUAUUAUUGAAGCAUCAUUAAUGUUUAAAUCCGAUUUUGCUAAUACAAAACGACCGUAUAAUGGUUUCUUACUCUAUUUUAUUGUAACACCAAUUCGUGGUACUCGACCAACAACAACGCCAAUGACUACAACUACAACAACAGAACAAACAUCCACGAUUGUUCCAAUUAUUCUUUCAAAUAAGGAAGAAUCAAUACCUUUAGUUGCAUCAAAAACGUCUGCUCUUGUAUCAAAUGAUCAUCAACAUCAAAGUAAUACUGGUUUAACUUUACUUGUUAUUCUUCUAUCCGGUAUACUUUUUGUUAUUCUCUGUGCAUUUAUACUUUAUAAACGUCGUAAUGAUCGUCGUAUUCGAUAUUUAAGUGAUACAUUUAAUUCAUUUUUUCCUACUCGAACAAAAAAUGUUACACUUAAUACAACGGAUAAUAGUGAUGAAGCUACAUUAAAUACAACAGUACAGUCAAAACUUGAUGUAUCAUCAAUGAAUAACGAUGAAAAAUAUCAAAAAAUGAAUGAUUAUGAUAAUAAAUUUGUUCAAACACCAACAUUAAAACAUGUAAAUAUAAAUGAAAGACGUGAAAGUCAAGAAAAACAAAUUUUUAUUGAAAAUCUUAAAACAUGUCCAUCACCAUAUUCAGCUUAUCGACGUACAGAAAGAAAAUUUAAUUCAAAAGAACAAAUUGAUAAUGAAUUAAAUUCGAAUUCUAAUAUUUAUUCUCAAGAUCCUUUAGCAAAAUCAAAUGCUUCACAAAAAAAUGAUAAUAAUUCUCUUCUAUAUGAAUAUGUUGAUUUAAAUCAACCACAACCACAACAACAACAACCAAUUGAAGAAUCUAAAGGUGAUCAAGACGAUGAAGAAGUUAUUUAUGAUGUUAUUAAUCCAAAUAAUGAACGACCAGUUCAACCUGAAACAGAUUAUGAGUCAAGUAUGUAUGCUAUACCUAAAAAUGUCUAA